UCUUUAAGUAUGCUGUCUUCUGCUGAGCUGUAAUAAAUUUAUGCUCGUUGGUACUACUGUGUGGUAUGUGGGAGGUACCUCACUGCACAUAGUUGCUGCAGUGCUCAUAGUUGGCAGCACAGAAGGCAGCACAAAAGAGUUCCGGCUGUGGACACUUGCAGUUGCAACAUUCACUUGGAGGCUGUAGCAUGCUCACUGAGCUGCAGUGACACGUUGAUUCACUUGUGUGGAUAAGUGGCAGUUCCAGCGUGCUUUAACAAGCGGAUGUAGGCUACUAGCAGAGAGGUACAAUAGCAUAGCUCAGACUGGAUAGAAAAUAACACUCAUGCUGCUAUAUAAACAAAAUAAGAUCUUAGUAUCAAGAUGGCUGACCUGGAACUCUACUUGUAGCUCUUGAUUCUUAUGCAAAUGAGUUAAAUGUCAGUGGCUUAUUCAGAGGAGGAAGUUCAUUUUGCACGUGUCAAGUUCUCCACAGAAAGCGUGUUACCAGAUCUGUCAGUUUCACCUUCUGACUAGCUGGAGGGUUGUGUUGGUUUUUUCCCUCCCCUAAGAAAACGCAAGAGCAUACUCAAAUACAACACAGAACACAGCCUCAGAAGGAGAGACAAACUAAAUUUUAUUUUUCCUUAAAUUUCAACGUAUGGAUGGUCUCUUUUUUUCCUCUGGAGAAAUAUCAAGUCAUCUUAAAGUGUUCAAACUGGAGCAACAUUUUCUGCUUUUUUAAGGAAGAUAACCAAGAAAUACUGGCAGACCCUUUUUUUGGAAAAACCUUUUCCACUUAAAAGAAGCAAUUUUUCUUUGUGUGAGUAGGAGUGGAAAUGGAAGAAUUUGAACCAACUGAAACCAUUGCUCAGCUCUCCUCCUGAAGCCACCAUGGCAGUGACACACUGCUACCACAGUGCUGAGACUGAGUAAGAGGAUAUAGUAAGGGUUCAUUGCUCACUGUUCCUCAUCAGCCUUCAUCAACUUUGUGUACUUUCAAAGUGAACUAUAGCUGUGUCAUGCCAGCAAUAUCAGCAGUAUUUCGUGGAGAAAGAAAUCUGGUGGCUGGUUUUGGAUUUCAUGGUUUAGAGUCUUGUUGAGUACCCUCUGAAUGUGACAGAGGACCUCCAAGUAAAUAAAGCAGAAGUGUCCAGCAAACCCCUUGUGAAAUCAGUGUUUCAAGUAUGUAUAAAACACUCAAGUUGAAAACAAACAAACAGCUACUUCAGAGAAUAAACCUAGAGCCUUGCCAUACAGGGAUUUCUACCCCAAAUGUUGCUCUACAUAUUAAGGAGAAUCAGGAAAGAUUAAAUUUUGAUCUUGGGUGAAUAAAAAAAUGUGCAUCCUUAGUGAAAAAGGUACACACUGGGUUGUGCGCUUCUUCACCUACUCUGCGAUGAAGAUUGAAAAAAUCCAUCAAGGCUCUGGUUGAAAUUCAAAGAAGGACGGACAGCAGAGGAAGCAACUUUCUGUCAUUCUUAUGUGAGGAUUUUGCUAAAAUGCGCAAAGCAGAAUCCUUUUCUCUUGAUUGACAUUUUGGAGGGAAUAUCCUAUACUGUCCAUCAGAAAGCAUAUCUAUGUCUACAAUUUUUGAUGUAGUUCUAGAGAGAAAAGAGAAAGGAACAACACCCCCUCUCCUGACAGGGUCAAGAUGGACAGCACAGAUGAACCUCAGAAAAAAGUCUUCAAAGCACGAAAAACCAUGAGAGCAAGUGAUCGACAACAGCUUGAGGCUGUCUACAAGGCUAAGGAAGACCUGCUGAAGACAGCUGAAGUUAAACUGUUAAAUGGAAAGCACGAGAACGGAGAUUCUGAUUUAAAUUCUCCUUUAAGCAAUACAGACUGUACGGAGGACAAGAAGGAAGUUAAUGGCCUAGUGGAUUCUAAUGAAAUUAGUGAAAUCAAAAGUCCUGAAAGUAGGGCAGGAAGUGUAGUCAGUGACCUAGAACCUAAACCUCUCUCUCCAGAGAAUGUUACUCAUGAACAAGAUACUGAUGUUGCAAUAGUUUGUGAGGCUGAAAACAGAGUGGUUGGUAGCAAUAAAGUUAACUUCCAUGAAGAAAAUAACAUAAAAGAUCAUUUGGACCAAAGAGAGAGUGACACUCCAUCAGAAGGUGAAAAUAAAUCAAACUGUGAUAAUAGCUCCUCUCCUGAGGAGAAAGGAGAAACAAAUGACUUAACUGUUAUUUCUAAUUCACCUGUUGAAGAGAAAAAGAAGGCUGGAGAUGUAAUUGUUGACGAUUCUAUUGGAGAAGAGGCUAUCUCUAGCAGUAUGGAAACUGAUCAGGAACCAAAAAAUCAAAGAGAUGACGCUGCAGGUCUUUCAGAAACUGUAGUUGAGAAGGGAAUAGAUGAGUCAAGUGAAAGUAUACUGGAGAAUACUGACUCUAUGGAAGCAGAUGAAAUUAUUCCAAUUUUGGAAAAACUAGCCCCUGCAGAAGAUGAGAUAAGCUGUUUUUCUAAAAGUUCUCUGCUUCCGGUGGAUGACACCGCCCCAGAUUUAGAAGAGAAGAUGGACAACUGUUUGGGUUCACCAUUGAAGCAGGACAGCAAUGAAAGUCUGCCAAAAGAGGCUUUCUUAGUACUGUCUGAUGAAGAGGAUCCUUGUGAUGAGAGGGAGCAUGCUGAAGUGAUACUAUCAAAUAAGUCAGGUCUUCCAGAAGAGGUGGAGGAGAUGGGAAAAAGCGAGGAAGCGGACAAAGAAAGAGAAGUGGCCCACAAAGAAGAAGAAAAACACACAGAGAGAGGUGAAGUGUCAAGGAGAAAGCGUUCAAAAUCUGAGGACAUGGACAGCAUACAUUCUAAACGGCGUCGAUAUGUGGGAGAAGAAGAUUAUGAAGCAGAAUUCCAAGUGAAAAUUACAGCCAGAAGAGAUGUUGACCAAAAGUUAGAAAAGGUUAUCCAGAGAGUGUUAGAAGAAAAGCUUGCUGCUUUGCAGUGUGCUGUAUUUGACAAGACUCUGGCAGACUUGAAAAUGCGAAUAGAGAAAGUAGAAUGUAACAAGAGGCAUAAAACUGUGCUUACUGAACUACAGGCUAAAAUCGCUAGAUUGACAAAGCGCUUUGGAGCUGCCAAGGAGGACAUGAAGAAAAGACAGGAAAAUACGCCAAAUCCAUCUCUGUCUUCAGGAAAAGUAGCAAGUAGCACUGCAAAUGCAAAUAAUCUGACAUACCGAAAUAUUACCACGGUAAGGCAGCUGCUGGAAUCAAAGAGGAAUGUAGGAGAUGGUAAACCUGCAACUCCUCAAGCCCCUGUGAAUGCAGCACCAGCUUCCAGUCUCCCUGCUCCUCAGACAUCUGCUGCUGGACAUCCUAAGCCUCAGACUCCAGUGACCUCCAGCCCUUUGACAACGACAGUUAUUUCCACGGCUAACACAGCUACAGCUGUAGGCACCAGCCAAGUGCCCAGUGGCAGCACUCAGCCUAUGUCUGUCUCAUUGCAGUCUUUGCCUGUAAUCUUGCACGUGCCUGUUGCAGUGUCAUCCCAGCCUCAGCUCCUUCAAGGCCACGCAGGAACUUUGGUCACUAACCAGCAGUCAGGCAGCGUUGAAUUUAUAUCUGUACAGAGCUCAUCUACAGUUGGUAGCCUUACCAAAACUGCAGUAUCUUUGGCAUCUACUAACACAACUAAACCAAAUAACAGCCCAUCUGUGUCCAGUCCUGGUGUUCCGAGAAGCUCUCCAGCCAGUGCUGGGUCUGUACGGACAACAUUAGCUGUACAAGCAGUUUCAACUACACAUCCUGUUGCACAAACCACAAGGACUUCUUUGCCCACAGUGGGUACUUCAGGACUUCAUAAUUCUACCAGCAGUCGAGGUCCCAUACAUAUGAAGAUUCCCCUCUCUGCAUUUAGUAGUACAGCUCCUACUGAACCACCCGCCGUUACAGCACCCAGAGUUGAAAACCCGACAAGCAGGCCACCAACAGAUUCUUCGGCCAACAAGAGAACAGCUGAGGGGACAACACAGCUCUCAGAACAAAAAGUAGUUCGCUGUGUGCCGUAUACCUGUGGCAUAUUUGAUGGUACAACUUUGAUCAAUUGUUUCGAAAAGCAAUUGAAACAGGAAGAGACUUCGUCAGAAAAUAAAGAAGCAGUAGAAGCAGCGCAGAUGAAUUUUAACUUCCCCGAGGAUGUCCUCUUUGGCUUGGAGGAAGAGGAAGAGGAUGCUAAGAGCAUCAAAAACACCCACAAGCAGACUGGCUGGGCAGCUAACCUAUUAAAACAAUGGCUGGCCAAAAAUGGCAAGGAUCCUAGUUUUGAAUUGGUUCCAGUAAGUGAACUCAAUGAUAUUUUAAGAGAGUUUUAUUGCAAAAUAAGGAAUCAUGAUGGAAAUACCUACAGUGUGGCAAGCUACAAGUCAAUGCGUGCUGGCUUAAACCGGCAUCUCAAAAUGCCACCUUACAAUCGUCAGAUUUGCUUAAUGAAGGACAAAGAGUUUGCUAGUGCAAAUAUGGUGUUUGUGAGUAUGCUGAGGAUGCUGCGCAUCCAGGGAAAGGAUGAGACUCACCACCAUCCUCCUAUUGCUGCUGACGACUUGCGUAAGAUUAAACUGUCUGGUGUACUGGGAUUGCACAGUCCUCUGGCACUCGUGAACAAGGUGUGGUUUGAUUUGCAGUUGCAUUUUACCAAACGAGGGAGGGAAAUUUUGAGAGAUCUGGCUCCAGAUGCUUUCAUUGUUGAGAAGGACAAGAACGGGCGUCGCUAUGCUAUGUUUAGGUAUCCUGGCAAAGGAAAAAAUGGAGAAGAUCCUCAUAAAAUGGGUAAAAUGUAUGAUAUGCCAGGGGACCCAAACUGUCCUGUUUUUUCCUUGGAGCUUUAUUUAUCUAAGUUGCCUCCAGAGCCUCCAGCCUUUUACCUGCAUCCUUUAAAGCUAACAGCAGAGCAAAUGCAAGAACAGCCUGUAUGGUACAAAAGAGAACCAAUGGGUGUGAACUACUUGGGUGCAAUGAUGCCCAGGAUAAGUGUGGCAGCCAGGCUCUCUCAGCGAUAUACCAAUCAUUCUCUCCGAACUACCACCAUCCAGCUACUGUGUGAAGCGGGACUGGGGCCUGGAGGAAGUUAUGGCAGUGGCAGGCCAUCGCUCUGAGUCUGCUAUUAAACACUACUGGGGAGCUGCAGAAGUUCACUGCAGGGCUUGGUCAGAUAUAAUGGAGAAUAACAUGCCCAAUUACCUAUAUAGCAAGACCCCAAAUCAUAAAAGAAUCGUUGUCUGGUGCCUCCACCUGUUAAAGAAACCAUGUUGUUGUUCAAAAAAAAAAAAGCAAAAUCUUAUUUCCUAAGAAGACUAGCAUGCCAUCUGGUUCUAGUUCUGUGACUUAAGUCCCUGAGGGACAUACUGCUCUCAAAUCUAAAAGCCCCAUCCUAUUGAACCGCAGUUCUUCCCCCCCCAAGAGCACAGCCAGCGUGAGCCUAAGUGCCAGUCCUCUUCGAGACUGUUGUAAUUAACCUUCAUAAAGCACUUGAUAAAACAAGAACCAAUGACUUGAAUUAACAGAAUUGAUUUCAAGUAAAUUGCUAAAAUGGAAAAAAAUAUAUAUAAAAUUUGUUUUAUCAGUUGGUUUACUAAGGAAAUUUCUUAUGGCCUAGUUCAGCAAGAAGUAUCCUGUUCACACUCCUGAAGUGAGCUAUGGAACAGAAGCUUAGUGCAGAUCUUGGAGUUUCUAUGACUUUCGUUAGCAUCUGGGACUCUGAAUGACUGAGCAGAGAUAUUUAAAUUAAAAAAAAAAAAAGGGGGGGGGAGGGAAUAUUUAUUUCCACUUAGCUGAAGAGCUGUGCUUUCUACAGUAAGUGCAUGGCUUUGUGAGGAGUGUAUUUAUUACACCAUUCUGUGCCUGCUGGCACUACUGUAGCGUCUUAGUAAUCAAAUACUUGAUUGCUGAAGAUCGCAGAGGAAAGUACAAGCUGAAUGAAACAGACACUUGCAGUACAAAUAGAUAAAUAUGCAUGAAGACAACUGGAAUUGCCCGAUCACUGUCAGAUUCUUUGUUCAGAUUGUUACCAGACUUGCCAAAGGAUUAUGCUGUGUGUUUUUUUGUUUUUAUUAUUUUGCUUUUGUUUUUUUUAACAUACUCUUAGAUUAAUUUCAUCCAUGAGCUACAGACUUCUGUUGCAGGUCUUUCGUUUUCCUCUUUCGUGUUUUUGGCUAAGAUUUCAGUCACUCUGAUCUCCAAAGGCACUAUCUGAUACAGGUGGUACAAAAAUUUCUGUGUCUUCAGUUGUUCGUGAAAUGAGGAAAAUGUUCUUAAUAGGUUUGAGCAGAUCUGAGGUUUGAAUGGCAUGUAAUUAAAGUUGAAGUGUUACCUCUGCAAAUAUUCAAGGGCAGGCAGGAGGGGCUCAGGACAACCUGAUCUAGCUGUAGAUGCCCUGUUCAUUGCAGGGGAUUUGGACUAGAUGACCUUUAAAAGUCCUUUCCAACUCAGGUGGUUCUAUGAUUCUGUGACUUGAUGCCUGAUCUUUGAAGUUUUUAUCAUACUGAUGACAGGUACGUUUUCAAGCCAGUUAGAUUAGUUGUAUUUGCUACUUUAUUUUUCCAUAGUGUAGACCAGCAUAGAAUGUUCUAUUUUCUGAUCAGUUGUGUUAAUGAUUUAAGAGAUUUUGAAAUGGCUAUUUAUAUCUUAGAUAAUGGUUAUAGUCACUUUUCAUAUUAUAAAGAUCAAGCAACUUAAUCAGGUAUAAUUUUUAAUAUAAAAAUUACUUCUGCCACACAGUGCUACAUUUACUUAGUUGCGGCAUUAACUUGUGACUUUCUUGGCUACAGGAAAUCACAGAUCCAGGAUUAUCACUUUAUCAAGUGUAGAGUAAAUCAAAUGGAAAUGACAAAUAGCAAAUCCUUUCUAGUGUCCAUACAUAAAAAUUGGGGGAAAAAAGUAUACAAAAACAGAGGGCAGUAACUUAUUCUAGGAUUUUUUAGCAUAACAAAUUUCCAAACUUUAAGUCUUCACAGAAUUCAUAAUUCAGCUUGGAUGGCAAAUUUCAUUUCUUGUUCAAAGAGCUUUGCUCUAAACCAUCACCAAGAUGGAUAUGUGUCAUUUUUUACAUCUCCCCACUCCCUCCUACUUCCCCCCAUUUUCCUGUUGUCUCAGAUAAUUCCUUGUUCUGUUGUACAAGAGUUGAACAUCUGUCUUGUAGAGACAAGAAACCAUUGCCAGGAGUUCAUUCUUUUUUGCUCAUUCUUGCUGCAUACUGUGGUCAUACCAGCCACAUGCCCUCCUCUGGUCCUAACUGCAUCUAUGUCAUUUACUGUAACAGCGUGUUGCUAAUAGUUUGAUUCCUCAACACAAAUCUAGAUGAUGAUUUAAACUGAAAGAAAAGGACUCUUGUGGCAAAGUUGGACAUGUCUGAUUUUUUUAAUUUGACUUCUAAUUUGACUUUUAUCUGUUGACUGCUAAGUAGGUAUUUUUAAUUUCUCAUUUGUUAAAUUCUAAUUUUAUUGACACCAACUGUAUUCAAAGUCUUCAUAUUACCUUCAGUUUGAACCUGGUUCUUCUAAGCUGCUACCAACUGCAGUAUUACUAAGUCUUGAUUUUUGUAUAAAAGAAUUUUUCUUUUUUUUUUUUGGAACAGAAAAAGCACUCUUGGCUUGGGCUUGAAGUAGUAUUGCUUUAAAAGAGCUGGAGACGGUGUUAAAUAUUAGUUGAAAGCUUAAUAGAAUUAGUUCUAACUAAUAGAGUACAUUUCUAGCCUUCUACAACUGAAAAAUCUUUCCUGUUUCUCCUCCAACCCAAAGUCUUACAUUGAUUUUCAUGAAUGUAUUUCCUCUUUAUAAAAGCUGAAGUAGGCAAACAGAAUGUGUGUUUGGCUGCUUCUGUAAAUUCAGCUUUGGCCACGUGUACAGUAGUGUGGGGAAAGGAGUCUUUCCUUUUCCUCUGAGAAAAUAUCAAAUCAAUCCCAUUUAUUACAGAACAGACUGUGCACUGUGAUCAUGAAAUCUGUCAAAAAAUUGACAUGAACUGGACUCCUCAGUGGCAGUGUCAGCAGAGAAUCUCAGUUAGCAUGAUGACUAAGUUUUUUUUUCCUUUCCACUAUAUUUGUUUGUCAUGAUUUGUAGGACACUAUUGGCUCAUCAUUUACAUUUCACUUUAAAAAACUGAAUAUAGCAAAUAUACAUUGAAAUAAAUGUAUCAUCUGUCAUUCUUGACUUUUCUAAUUAUAUCUUCUCGUAAAACUCGUGUUUCAUUUCAGUUGCAGAAAAAUUGUACUUAGCCUUAACCAAGUCAAGUAAACUUGUUUUUUUCAACAAGUCAAUGUGAAUGUCAAUGCUAUGUCAAUGAUUAAAUUCCAUUUUCCAUAUUGAAGCUGAUUCUGAAAACAGUGGGAAACGACUGUGACAUUUUGUAAAUAUUCUAAUUUUACAUCUCGUUUUUAUAGUGAAGCUUUAGUACGUCUAUUGGGAAUGUAGGACUUCUGUUCUCUGUGGUUUUUUUUGUAAGUUUGGAAAUUUCUUUUGUUCAAUUUCUGUUCAUUUUUGCUUUUAUUAUGUUAGUGCAGUAUCUUACAGUGUGUUGUGUUGUUUUUUUCCCAUUGAUGUGUGAGUAAUUCAUCCCUGCUCUAAGAUAGUGUGAAGAGCUCAACUGUGUAGAAUGUCAAAUAUCUGAAGACGAUCCUGAAAUGCAGCAUUUUGAUAAUUGCAUGCUGCCUGGGUGAGCAUAGUCAGAGAUAGCAGGAAGCAGAUUGGAUGUGUAGUUUGGCUGUAAUACUACUACUCCCUUUUCAGCCUUCCUCUGCUUAUUGCUCCAAAAGGAAUGACUGCAGUGAUCUAGGAGAGGGGGCAUCUUACUGUGUUUGCAGUAGUCUCUGAACUUCAACUUUUUCCUGUUUAUGCAGAAAUUUAAAGGUUGCUAUUCAGUCCCAGUCAUUUUGCCAAUGGUCGUUCCAGUGCCUCAGGUCAUGGGAUUGUAUUUCUGAAUUCAUGACAAGCACUUUUAAUUUAUUACAGUAUACGUUGUUAGGGGCAAAAGGAUUUUUAAUUAUAUAACAAAUCUUUAUAAUAGUUUUAAAGUAUUUUAUUAUGAAUCCUAAUUGUAGAUACAGGAAUUAAAAAUAUUAUAUAUAAUAUAUAAAUAUACCCACAGCAUACUGAGGGAAUCUAUUAAAGUGACUUAUUAACAUUGUGAGAUAAAGUAACAGUGAGUAAAGGUGAAUGAUGUUGGAUAUGUUAAAAAUGGUGGACAUAGAUUCAAUCUGUUCAAUCUGUUCACAUUUAUUAAAUCAGCAAGUCAGGCAAAUAGUCUUUUCUUCCCUGCUCCAUACUCUGAGUGCACUUUAUCCUUUUGUGGAGUAAUUCUUUUUUCAGUUUAAAUUUAAUCUGUGCAUUUCACCUUUUCAGCUAACAUUAGUUUAAAUAAAAAAUCCACCAGUGUCCAAUCCAUUUCCCAUUGUUUGUGACAUACCUUGAUUUGUUUGGUUCUCUACAGUUUAAGGUAUUUCUAUGACUAUUGGAAAUGUAUCUGGUAAAAUGCUAUUGAAGUGCAUUUGUAUCUUUUUUUCCCCUUUAUUUGCAAUGUGUAACAAAUUUUGUGAAUGUCUAUUGGGAAACAGUGUGAACAAUGGGGACAUAUCUGCUUAAAAAGUAUUAGCAGCUAUUAGUUCUAUGUUGUUGAACCAUUAUUGAUGAAAAUGCAUUUCAUAGUUUUGUGACUGAAAAUAAAUGUAUAACUAUAUAUGUGAAAUGGGAUACUUGAUUUUUGUCUCUGAACGUGUGAUUAUGUUUCUGCUAUUUAAAAUGCAACUAGCUCUCAUCUACAAGGUGGAACCUUUGCCUGAGACUAAUUUGAACUCUAAAUUCUUAAGAUGUUAGAAGUUUAAAGGUCAUUCAAGAAUGAAUUAGCUAGAUACUUUUUUUCCUUAAAACAGCCGUUCAAUUCAGCUAUAUAAUGUCCUGUUGGGAAUUUUUCAGAUGACUUUUUAAAUUCAUUUUUGGAGAGGUUGUCUUUCCUUGAGACUGCACCUGUGUUAUUUAAAUCAACCCCUAGCUACUGAGAGCAGCUUUCAGUAAGGACUUGUGUUUUAUAGGCUCCAAUUUGUCAGUUGGGGCCAAAAAAAUCAGGAGGUUUAUUGAAACAGUGAAACUGUUGGUGUCACUACACCGUGCACAUAUAAUAGCUAUAAAAAGUUUUAUUAAACAGAAACAUGCUAUAAUUAAAAUGCAUUUAAUGGUUAUUAAUGUGAUUGUUGUCCAAGGUGGCCAUCCCACAUGCUAUUGUUUUGAAACUUUCAGUGGGCUUUGGGGAAAGAAGGUAGAUGUUUCACCUUAAGAGAGUAAGAGCCAGUAAAGAGACGUGAGUGCAAUUAUGUGUUUACUAUAUAUGCCCUUUUAACUCUUUGAUUAAAGAAAAAAUCGCAGCAGUAGACAAAUGCUUUAAGCAUUACAUCAAGUGGUCCUUUAUAGUUUUUAUUUUGGAAUUAUGAUGACGGCUAAAAACAGUCUUUCUACCGCAGAGUAUUUCAGUUAUGUUUCUUGAUUUAUGUUUCUUAUUGAUGGGCGUAGCAGAGCUGAUGUCUGAUCUUUGCAACAAAGAAAUUAGAGGGUAUAUAACAUGUAGAGGUUACUAAGAGGGAUUGCUCCCUUUUUCCAUAUUUGAUUUGUUGUUUCUGUAGAAAGCGUUGCUCAGUACUGAAUAAGGGUAAGGGGAAUGGUCUGGUAAAUGCAAUACGUAAAAUGUCUAAUGAGAGUGUUUGAGUUAUACACAAGUAAGCAACCACAUGCUAUCAAAACAAGUAUUGCAGCCCUGUGAAAUUUUGUUUGUGCAAAAUACAAACUAGGUAAACUGCUAACUUAUUGCAUUAUCAUUUAUAUUAUGGUAAGAGAUGACAAAUGCAUUGGUCAAAUAAAUACUCAUGACAGCUUUAUGAGGAUGGCUUAAUUAUUUUAAUGUUGUGAGAGUUACUGUAUUGGAAUUGAUAAGUGUUAAGCAGUGAGAAGUUUGAAGCAAUCUGUAACAGAAUUAUAAAUAUACUAAAAAAAUGUUUUCCGUAGCUUCUUAGCCUGUGCUAGAAAUUUGUGGGUUUGUAUGUGGAUGACAAAAUCAUAAUGUGAGCUUUGUUUUUAUCCAUACAAACCCAGUUUCACCACCACACCCACGCUAUUUCCAGAACAUAUUUUUAAUAUCACUUUCCAUAAUUUCAAAUUGAUUUUGCUAUUAUAUAACGCCUUGGUGCGUCAUGUAUGACUGUGGUGGUGUGAUGCUUCAUGGUAUGUCAGUUUUACGACUCCCAGAAUUUUUUUCAGUUUUGUUGAUCUAGAAAGUAUUAACAGUAAAAUUUUCUCUACUUUGUCAGCAUGCCACAAAUAAUCUUCAGGAUUUUGAGCGUUACUAUCCUAGAGUUAAUGGUUUUUGUUUGAUUUUUUUUUUCCAUUUUUCACUUUUACUUCCUGAAAUGUUCCUUUAUGAAAAGCAGGUGGCAUUACAAUAUACAGCAUUGUUAUUUCAGUGUUAUGAAUUGAAGCAUGGCGUUAUAUAGUAUCAAAAUUAAAAAAAAAAAAAAGA